AUUAGUUUUGCGCGAGUUGUGCGAACUGAACUAUUUUAAGAGUUCCUGUUCAGUUUGAUAUGAUUGAACUCUUCUGAUUUUAUUAUAGACAAAGAAAAUGGACGUUUUUUACAACAGAUAUCGGCGUAUGGCUCUGCCGAAAAGAACUAGUGACCUGAUCGCACUAAUGGCAAUCUCCACAACACUCUUCCUAUUUCUACACACAAGAGAUCUGAACAUAAAAUUGAAGGAAAUGGAAGUCAAACUGCAGCCUGAAGAUGAAAUACUGACUAAUCAUAUAUCUGAUAUGGAUCCACCAGAAGGUGUUCGAGCAAUGAUGAAAUUGCUUCAAAGUACAGGAGAGGUCACAACUUUAGAACCUACAAGGUUGAACAAUACAAGAAAAGCACAGCAGGACAUAAUAUUUUUCAAUCGUGUUCCGAAAGUAGGUUCACAAACACUGAUGGAGUUAUUGCGUAGAUUGAGUAUCAAGAAUAAUUUUGGCUUCCAUCAAGAUGCUGUGCAAAGAGUUGAAACGAUAAGAUUACCUCCAGAGGAUCAAGCUGAUCUUUCUGCUCUCAUAUCGAGUUACGAACCACCAGGAGUCUUCAUAAAACAUAUCGUAUUCACAAAUUUGUCAGAUUACGGAUUUCCCGAACCGAUAUACAUCAAUAUGGUACGAGAUCCCGUGGAAAGGAUCAUAUCCUGGUAUUAUUAUGUUCGAGCACCUUGGUAUUUUGUGGAAAGGAAAAUAAUGUUCCCCGAUCUGCCUCUUCCAAAUCCAAAAUGGCUUAAAAAGGAUUUUGAGGAAUGCGUUCUUUCCGGCGAUAGAGAAUGUAGAUACGAGGAGGGUGAAUUGAGAGACGUUAGUGAUCAUAGAAGACAAUCCAUGUUCUUCUGUGGUCAUCACAGAGAAUGCUUACCUUUCAACUCGCCGGGCGCUUUGGAGAGGGCCAAGAGAGCAGUUGAGCAACAUUAUGCAGUUGUUGGAGUUUUGGAAGACCUAAACAAAACACUCACCGUCUUUGAGAAUUAUAUUCCAAGGUUCUUCGAAGGAGCUAGCGAUAUAUACUGGAAUGAAAUCAGUGUCUACAAUCCCAUCAACAAAAACUCCUUCAAACCACCAGUAAGCGAAAGAGUAAAGGAAAUAGUCAGGAGGAACUUCACAAGGGAAAUAGAAUUUUUCCAAUUCUGCAAACAGAGACUGAAUAAACAAUACUUAGCACUCAAACUUCACGACAAGAAAUAACAAUGAAUAAGAGAUUUCAAUGAUCGCCUAAUCCAGUCAAGAAUGAACGAAAAUCUACAAUGUUUCAGGGGCAGGUUAAAAACUGAAAUUGAAAAAAAAAUAUAGAAGAAAACCAUCCCAUUCAAAAAUCCCCAAAUUGUUUUUGAUGUUAAGUACUUUGUUUAUAAGCUCUUCAAAAGUAUACAUCCUUCUCUUUUUGAAUAAAGUUAUGUACGUCGUAUCGACCUAAAAAAAUUAAUAUUAAUAAUGUA